AUGUCACCUAAUAAUCGUUUUCUAUCACGUUUUUUUUCUCGUUUAUCAACAACAAAUACGAAUAAUCAUCGAUCUCAGCCACUUGUAAAUGCAGAAGAUGAAAUUAAUAUUGAUGAACAAUCAACAUCGGAUGAACAAAAUCUUGUUUCACAACCAGUAACAACAAGAAUUCGUUCAUCACCAUCAAUAUUUAAACGAUAUGAACGAAACUAUGCAUCAGCAUCAUGCAGUAUGUUUGCUAUAGCUGCAUUAGCUGUUAGUUUAUCGGAUUAUCGUUGGUUCUGGUUAAAUGGUGGUCUAUGUAAUUCCAAAUAUAUUGGUUUAAGUAUGUUUUUUGCUGUUGGAAAAUUAUUUGUUAUACGAGUACCUGUACCAUGGGAUCCACAAGCACAAGUUAAUGAAAUUUAUCAAUUUAAACCUAACGAUUAUAUGGAAUUAAUCGGUUGUGUAGAUACGCACUCAAUAUUAAUACUUCGUUUAAUUAUAACAUUAAUCUGUUUAGCGAUAUUUUCUUCGACUAUCGGAUUUUUAUUAGAUGCUCUUGGACCUAUGAAAUUUGGUUUGAAAUUUAUGAGACGUCAUGCUUUUUGGCAUAUAUUAUCAGUUCUUCUUUGUACAGUAGUAACCGGUUUAUGUUUCUGGGCAUCUGAAUUAAUCUAUGAUAUUCAGGAUAAAAAUCGUUCAAAAAUUGGAAAAAAAGUCGAAGUACAAUUUGAUGUUGCUUAUUAUCUAGUUGUGAUUUCAAGUGGACUUUCAUUAUUAGCAUCUGCUUUUGCACUUUUAAGACGAUAUCCAACAGCUGAAGAAGAACAUUUAGAUAGAUUAAUGGAUGAUUGGUCACGACGUGAAGAACCAUUAUUUAUCGAACGUUCAUUACCAGCUACGGUAUCAACAAUACCUACAAAUGAUGAACCACCACCAGAAUAUUCCGAACAGAAUGUUAUUGUAGUAUGA